GCAGUUAUACACUGUUCUGGGAGACGGUUCUAUAAUAUUUUUAUGAAUUUGAGAGAUUUGAGUUAUAGUGUCGCGUUUUUUUUUUUUGUUGUUGCAUUUGAUAUAAUGGCAAGGAACCACGAAAAACAAUAUGGAAAACUGAAUAGACUCUGGCUACAAAAACAGAAAGAUGAUGGUCUAAUAACAGAUCUACAUAACAGACCAAGACUGUCAGCACUGAACUCUGCUGCUGAGAUUAAGAAAUGGAUUCCUAAUAUCAAAAAUGAAAUUGAGUACUACUUGGAGCAAUCCCAGCUUUUACACUACUCAGAAAGAAAAAUACAGGAAUUUCAGGUGUAUAUUGAAAAGCUGAGGAAGGAAUACAGACGUUAUCUUUGGAAGCUUCGACAGCUGGAUCCUUUAUACAAAGAGCAUCCAUGGAAACCUCGUGGUUACACCAGGAAGAGGCAAACAGUACAGACUAUGAAAGCACAUAAUGAAUCAGAGAAAGUCAGCUCUAUGAAGUUGAUACACACACCAGUCUUGUCUGCUGAGUCCAGAGAGGCUGAGCUAAGUUCAGAAGGAGAGGAUUAUGGAGACAGGGAUAUUAAACAUGAUCAGCAUCUAAAACCAGAAACCAUGAAUUCAGCUGCAGUAUACAGUUUUUGUAAUUUAGACCCUGAUGUUCAGGAUCAGCCUUUAUCUUUUAACCAUGAACGGAUGCCACCAACAUAUGUCACGCUCACGCAUGCAACUCCUAACACUGCUUCAGUAGGCCCAGCUGACAAAAUGACAGAAGUUCUUUUAUCGAAGCUUCCAAAUCUUCAACAUUUUUCUAACAGGACAGCAACAGAAUCUUCCACAAUACCUGAAGUCCAAAAUAAGCAAUUUUCUUACUUAAAACAAACAGGCCAAAACAUUUUGGGUCUAGAAUGUUAUUCUUCUGAAGAAGAAGAAGAUGCAGAUUAAUAACUGAAAUUCCUGCACAGUUUCAUUAUUUAUAAGAAGCCCAUUUAAAAACAAGUAAUUUGACAGUGUAAUAUUUAGGUAUGUUCAUUUCCUUCUGAAAGUUAUGAAACAUAGUUUGAGUCUACUGGUGCUAGAUUUCAUGGUUGUAGCAUGUGCUUUGCUGUGUCAACUAUAAUAAAGUAUGAUAUCUGUUACAAGGCAUGCUCUG